CCUUUCCAUAUGACAAUGAUAUUAAUAUUGUUGAGAGGCUCUUGCAAUAUUUUUUGAUUAGAUAUUUUAUGGAUCCAGCAGUUAACGCUCUUUUAUACCUCGACGUUAUACAAAUGAAAGAUUCGGGUCAUAAAUCGAAUUUCUAUCACAGUUUGGAAGGUGUACUACCAGCAAUUCCCAAGAAACUCUGGUAUCAACACGUUUUACCGUCUUUACAAGCCGAACUUCAAUCACCGGAAGUGUUAGCUGCCGCUUUACAACCGAUACUAUUUAUGAUAGAAGCAAGUACUCCGGAAGAAAAUCAAGCCUACAUUCUUCCACUUUUUCGUACUGUAUUCAGUAUGCCUAAAUCUGUACAGGCGACAGUAACGCUAUUGGAAAGAUUAGACGUUAUCAUGAAAAAAACGCCUAAGAGUGAUAUUAAAUCGGACGUAUUACCUAUGUUGUACAAUGCAUUCGACUCUACAACACCGCAGAUACAGACGGCGGCGCUUCAGGCUGUAGCAAAUAUAGCGGAUUCUUUAGAGGAAUCGGCCGUUAAAAAAAUGGUCCUGCCCAGAACUAAACAAGUUUUCGAUAACGAUUCCGGUGUUAAGAUGCAAGCAAUCGCAUUGACUUGCGUCGAGAAGAUCAUCGAUAAAUUAGAAAAGACCAACAUCCUGGACGAUGUUUUACCUAUGCUUAGUAAAGCUAAAUUACAAGAUCCUGCAAUAUUAAUGCCGGUUGUAAGAAUCUACAAACACAUGUUAGGCGAUAAAAGAUACGGUUUAACAGUGAAUAUGCUGGCGACUAAAGUCAUGCCCGUGUUAAUUCCGGUAGUGGUGAGUCCUGCCCUUAAACUUCACCAGUUCACGUCUCUAGUUGAACUAUUGGAAGAAAUGCUGGAACACGUAGCUAAGAAUCAGAAGAACAAACUAAAAUUAGAACAUCUUUCUGUGUCCUCUAUUGAUCAGCCGCAAACGAUCGAUCAUCCUGCAAGGUACCCACACAGACCUCCUUCUCUACGACUAGAAUCCAGAAGACAAUCUAUUAGCAUGGACGAUGUGAUACAAAGAACAUGCAACUCGGCCACAGAAUCCCCAGACUCUAAUCUUCUCAGAGUGCAAGCUACGCUGCCUGGAAGAAGACAUUCCGACAAUGCCAUUCAACCACCGAGGAUAUUAGUCGCGCCCUCGAGCCCUCAAGACACAUUAGGAUUGUCGUCGUCGAAUCUUCAGAUGAGAAGACACUCCAGUGCAGGACCACAAGAUAUACGCUUUAUGUUCGCCUCCUCGCCAAAAGUUAGUCCCAGUCCUACACCCGCUCAUGGCUUUAAUUUAGAAAUGCCAUCUGCGGGUAGAUCGGGUAGAAGAUAUUCGGCAGCGGCACUCUAUAUGAAUUGUAUGGCGGAGCCCGCAAAUCAACCUUCUAGCUUACUACAGCAAAUAGGAUCAGGAAUGCAACAACUUUUUUCCGGAAAAUAAUCCGGUUUAUGGGUUUAAAAAGAAAUGAACAAUUCCUUUCGAUGCAAUACCCGGAUGUUCCUUUGAGACACCGUCGUAGUGAGACCAGACCUGCAGUAGGACACCUUUCCAUUAGACGGACAAUCCUAGCUUGCGCUCAGAAGGUAGGCCCGUGCGGUGUAUACAUUUUGGACAAUCCCCAAAGCAAGAAGUCAAACCAGUAUUUCCAACGCUUUGUGUUUUCACAAAUUAAUGCUCGCUAUAUAACAAUUUAUGUUUUUCUUUCAUCAAAAAAAAAUAUCGGACACAUUUCUUGUAGAUAAAGUUUAUCCGCUAAUGGCGGAUUUUCAUUCCAAUAUUCAAAACAUCUUCAGCGUUUUCACUGCCCUGCCUCCACUUCUAUGUCCGACGCAUCCACAAAUAUAUAUAUAAUAUAUAUAUUUAAAAAAAAAGAAACAAAAAUAAUGCGCAAUAAAUUAAUGAUGGUUAGUUAUCGACGGCUACGUGUUUAAUGCAAAUUAUUAUUGAUAUCACAAACGGAUUGUUCUGACAGAAAAUUGUUUUGAUACGCUGGGGCGUUUCGAUUAAUAUACUCUAUUCUAUUUUGAAAACGUUGACUAUGUAUGUAGAUAAUUAUAUCUCAACCGAUGCUAAAGUGUUUACAUUUACUUAAUAUUUUUAUUUUCGUAAAUAUUAAAUGUCCUAUUCCAGCUGUGUCCCGAAUAUAUUAACAUAUUCAAUCUUACAUUUUCGGACAGAUGAUUCUUUAUAUUUAAAAUACAUAAUCGUGUUUACAUUUUGGAUAUUCUAAUAUAUUAAUACGAGGACGAAACACG